AUGAUACAAGCUGAAAGCAAAGGAGGUGGUGAGAGGACCCUGAGGAGCGCCUCCCCCCACAGAAACGCAUACAAGUCUGACUUCCAUGCUAUCAAAUGCUCCUUUGAUGGCUCAAAAUCGGAAGGUGCUGCCAAGUCAUAUGCAAAUGGCUCCAGCGACGCCCGUGAAGACUCCCGGGGGAGGCCUUUUGGUACUAGAGUUAACAAGAUCAAGAACAUAUUUCUACAGAUGGAUGGACAGCAACAGGAGGAGCAACAAGAAGUGAAGGCAACAUUAAAGUCUGAUGUUCCUCAGGUGACUCCUCCAAAGUCCCAAGCCCCAGUCGGCUCGCACAGGGUUAACUUCAACAGCCCAACAAGCCCUGAAUCUCUCAAUUUAGAUAAACCUCCCAAAGGGGAGGAUGUGGAGAUUGAUAAAGUGUCCAUGGCAGAAAAGUUUUCCGUGACUAGGAAAAUAUUUGAGAGAGGCAUCACUGAGCAGCCUAUGGUUGAAAAGCACUCACCAAACAGAUUGGUCAAUCGUCUGUCUCUCGGAAGUGCUUCUGAUGAAGCAAAAACUACACGGAGAGCAUCUGAUUCUUCAGAAACGUUCAAAUCUGAGCAGAAUAAUACAGCGAGUCUGAGAUGUAGACCCGAUGCUGAUAAUGAAAAAAAGAAUGUGCCUAGGGUGUCUCUAAAUGCAGGGCCCAUGUCAAGAAGGCUGGGGAAUUACAUGACGGGUAAUGAUUCAGAGGAUAACAACAUGGUUGCUGCCAAAGGGGGAACGAUGACUGCUAAAUUCGACAUGACUGAACACUCAGUCCAGACCUCUCCUUCAAGAAGCAGCUCACACAAAGCAACUUCUGUUAAGGAAGCUGCUAACGUUUCACUUGGAGCUGAUAGCGAUAACAAAAAUGUGUCUAAUGUGUCAUAUGUCAAUAAAAAAGCAACAUCCUCUGGGUCGAGCAGUGGUCUUAAACCUACAUUUCCAGUUACCAACACAUCUUACAAAUCGCUUUCUCCUACAACUGAUCCAAUCCCCAAACCCCUUUCACCGGAGCAGACAACCUUAGUUAGCCAUGGCUACAAGCGACAUUCAUCAUCCGAGGAUGGAUUGUGUCAGACAUCUUUUGUCGGGGAUAAAUGUAAGCCUUGUAAUUCACCAUCAAGUGGUGAGAGGCAGCAAAUAUCUGGCUUUGAGAGCACCUACUUACCUGAAUCCACUGAGAAGGCCAAAAGUAAAAACAGUUCAGUGAAAUGUCCUAACAAAGAAAAAACACCCAACCAGACCUCCUCAAUUGACUCCAGAAGAGUCGGCAUGGUACGAGCUGAGCUUGUAGUGGUUCAGAAUGAAUCUUCAGAGAGUGAUGAGAACGAAGACAUGGAUGUUGAAGACAGUGUGUUUGUUCAGCAGAAAGAUGAAUGCCCAUCAGAUCGAACAAAAAAAGUUAAACCAGAAAAACAGAAUACUAGUCCUCCUGUUCACAGUGAAGUAAAAAGCUUCCCUGAGACACGUGGAAUUAAAGAGGAGCCUAAGGACAAAGCUGAUGAACAUGAGGAGGGAGAACUAGAGGAGCAGAGUGAAAAGACCAUUGUAAAUGGAACCCCAGUUUACGGUAUUGAGAAUGCAGCCUUUGUGGAUGACAAGGAUGUAGACCAGGUCUUAAUGGAAGAAGAAGAGGAAAUGUACAAGGAGCAUGAUGACUAUUAUGAGGCCCCGGGACUAUCUGACGAAGAGGGACCACCACCAAAAAGGAAAAUCAAGUUUUCGACAGAGCCUAUUCUGGUGUUCAGUACUUUCUCAAAUGAGGAAUAUGAUCGCCGCAACGAUGACGUGGACCCCGUUUCCGCCUCUGCUGAAUACGAGUUGGAGAAGAGAGUGGAGAAGAUGGACGUGUUCCCUGUGGAAAUUGAGAAAGGGGACAAUGGUCUAGGCAUCAGCAUCAUCGGAAUGGGGGUGGGAGCUGAUCAAGGUCUGGAGAAGCUUGGUAUUUUUGUAAAAACUAUAACGGAACAGGGAGCAGCUGAGAGGGAUGGACGAAUUCAGGUGAACGACCAGAUAGUGGAGGUGGAUGGCGUUAGUCUUGUGGGUGUCACCCAACUGUUUGCAGCAACUGUUCUCAAGAACACCAAAGGCACAGUGAGGUUCCUAAUUGGUCGAGAAAAACCAGGGACACAGAGCGAGGUAGCCCGCCUCAUUAGUGAGACCUUAGAGCAGGAGAGAAACCAUCAUCACCAGCAGCAGCAGCAGCAGCAGCAGCAACACAACCACCUAGAUGAUCCCUAUGAACACUCCACAGAAGAGGAGGAGCACUUUGAGGAUGACCACGACACAGUGAAUGAGAGAAUUCUUGGCUCCAACUUUUCUCCAGGGCAUAAAGUAGAGGUAUUCGAGUUGCCUGAUUCAGAGGCUUUGUUUAUGCCAAGUAAUAUGGACAGCUCUCAGAUGGCCUUCAAAUUUAAAGAGCUGCAGCUCAAACACAGCAUUGCAUCAGCUGAAAUUAAUCAACUGAAGGAAAAGCUUAGGGAAUCUGAGGAGGACAAAUCACUAUGGGAGGCCAGAGAGUCUGCACUGGAGCAAAAGCUUGAGGAUAGCAAUGAAAAAAUCCUCAAAUUGGAGAGUUAUUGGUUGGAAACCCAGGCACUGUGCAAGACCAUUAAUGAACAGUUAGCAGAAACCCAAGCCCAGUAUGAGACGUUGGACAAGAAGUACAACAAGGCAAAGAAACUUCUCAAAGACUACCAACAGAAAGAGAUAGACUUUGUGAAAAAAGAGGAAGAGCUGAAGAAGAGUAUAGAUGAAAAAGAAAGAUUAUACAAAGAACAGCUGGAGAUCUUGCAGAAUAGGAUAGUUGACUUGAUGUCUGGGGGGACUUCAGGAAAUGAGCUUCAGAACUCACCAGAAGAUCACCUUUGCUUUGAAGUCACAUCCACAGAUCAAAAGUCGGUGGAUUCACUUGAAAAAGACUGGAAUGAGCUGGUCCCUGAGACGGAGCUGUUGGAUACCAGUGCACACAAAGCAAAAGGCCUGCUGGCGCAGAAGGCCAAACGUCAGCGUCCUUCUCGAAACAAAUUGAAGGAGAGUCUCACAGUGUCCUCGGGGUACACAGAGGAAACUGAGGAGGAGGAUGAACAGGAGGAUCAGGAGCCUCUAAGAAGGAGCUCCAUACAAGAAAGCCUUUCCCUCCCAGUGCCUGUCUGCUAUCCCGUGAAUGAACAAAAAGAUGAUCCAGAUGAGUUGAUGAGUAAGGCUGAGCUCUCAAACAGCCCACCUUUGUCACUAUCACAGGGGGGCAGUCUUGAAAGCAGUGGAAGUCCAUCUUUGUCCCCUCUAAAUGAUGCCUCAAUACCAGUGUCCCCCUCUGGAUUUAUGCGCAGUGUCAAAAAGAGAGAGUCCAAAGUCAAAGAAAAAGUGCCCAAAGAGGAGAUAAUUGAACCGACAUCAGCUACAAAACCUAAAAGACGAUUUCCUGACUUUGGGGGCCUUCGCAAGUCUGGUGGCAAAGGAAGGAAACAUGACAAGGAGGCAAUGAGAAUGUCUUUGGACAGCAGGGGAUCAGCAGAGUUACUGGAAGACUCUGGUGGUAACCUGUCUCCUGCAGAUUCCAUGACCUCCAUCCCAACCUGUAUGCCCUUCUCGUGGUUCGGAGACAAAGAUAAGGACCGAGACAGGGAGCCGUCUUCUUCUAGCAGCAGCCUGCCGUAUGCUGAGAGCAGCACUGAGCAAAUCCAGGAUCGCAAGAACAAGACAAAUCUCUCCUGGUCCUCUUUAUUCAGUCGCUCAUUAGAUUUGAGUUUGUCAGUCAUAGAUGAUUGUAACCCUGCCAGUCCCAGUUCAGACAUCUCUGGGUUAGUCGCUGAACCCAUUCUGUCUGGGCGCUCACACACUUUAAUCUUCUCUUCCAGCGAGACUUUGGACGAUGAGCCAGUGACCACAGGAAAAGAAUAUCAAUGGCAGAACCGUCCUGUCUCUGAAUGGACCAAUCAACAGGUGUGUCACUGGUUAAUGGGCAUGAACAUGGAGCAGUACACGGCUGAAUUUACAGCCAAGGGAAUCGACGGGCAGCAACUUAUGCAUAUGGACAGUGACAAGUUAAAGGCGCUCAGUGUGUCCAGUCAGAGCGACCGAUCCACCAUCAAGAAAAAGCUCAAGGAAAUGCGCAAGGCCCAGGAGAAGCUGGAGAAGCAACGAGAAAAACGAGAAAAAGAGAUCCGCCGUAGUGGACGGCUUCCGGUCAGUACCGAUUCUGUGUGCUGA